UUCGCGGGUGUGUGUUGUGCUGGAUUGGCUGGUCGAGCUCAUUAGAGAGGCUAUGGAAAUGGCUAUGGCGGGUUUAUCGGGAUGCGCGUCCCCGUCAGCCGCCGUAGGCGUUCUAAACGAAUCGACGUGGGCGGCCACAAGGGCACGGGCGGGAAGGGCCAGGGCAAGGGGUGACGUGGCAGCUUCUCUCGCAUUCCGACUUCCCGCGCCGGUCCCGACCGAUGAUUGCCCACGUCGGACGCGCUGCAGACAUCAACGCCUUAGCGGCUAUGGUCACCGGGCUGCGCGGGACGCCUGGUUCGAUGUGGAAAUGGCGGGAAGAAAAGUGGAUAAGUCCGAUCACAUCGGCGCGCCAUCGGCAUGGGUUGUGGCGGGAAGGAGGGGUUCGUCCGUUACUACGGGUGUCUCGUCAAUUUCGAGGGGCAAAAAUGGGCUCAUAGCGCACGGGAUGAUUACCUUUCGGGGGUGGCGGAGGAAAGCCCCCGCUGCUGCUGCUGCGGCCUCGGCGGCGAUCGGGACCGGCUUGGGAUCGGGAGCUCGAUCAAUCUGCAGCAGCUGGGCAGAAGAAAGAGUGAGGGGAAUGGAGGAGGAGGGGGAGGGGGGAAGGGCGGAAAUGCAGUCCGCCCUUGCGCAGCCGAGAGGCGGCGCGUGCGGGCGGAGUCGGAGACUGCUCCGCCGCCUUCGACGGAGGCGCCGCUCUGUCCCGAUGGCUGGCGGAGGUAGAGCGCCCGGUUUCCGUGGCGAAUACGUCGGGCACUCCGCCAAAGUUGGGCGGAAUCCGACGACGGUAUCCGCGUCGUCGGAAGCGUCCUCUUCCCCUUCCUCCUCCUCCUCCUCUGAGAGCCAGCCAGGUGUUGCAGGAGGGACAACGACCGGGUUAGUAUCGAAGGAUGAAGGUGUUGCUCGACUUCGUGCUCAGCGGAAGGAGGUGCAUCUAGUUCAGGAUAUGGAACGCCCUAUAGCUGAAUACAUGGCCCUCCCUGCUAGCCAGUACUCUGUGCUGGAUGCAGAGCGAAUUGAGCGUGUGGAUGACAAUACCUUCCGGUGCUAUGUUCAUACUCUCAAGUUCUUUGCGCUAGAAGUGUGCCCAGUCCUCCUCGUCAGGGUCGACCAACAGCCAAACGGCUGCAUCAUCCCGUCGAUGACAAACAAGGUUUCAUGGUCUACGAGCUCACAGUCAGAGAACAGCAAGGAGUUGGCCUCGGACACAACAAUUGAGGUGACUUUGGAGAUACCUGGACCUUUCCGUGUGAUUCCGAGAGAUGCGAUUGAGUCUACAGGGAAUUCUGUUCUCAAUCAGCUAUUAAGAGUAGUGCUUCCGCGAUUUCUUUCUCAGCUGGAAAAGGAUUACGUGGCAUGGGCGAGCGGAGAUGAUUCCCGGAAGCCUCUUGGGACUGGGGAGCUGUGAAGGACAGUUUUUUUUUUUUUCUUCUUUUCCUUAUGGCUGUCCUUGUUCUUAUUUCCCCUGUUUUUCCUUAUAGCUAUCAUUUUAGCUCUUUCAACCUCUCAGCUUAUAGCUCUCCUCCUCAGCUCCUUCAACCUCAAGCUUAUAGCUCUGCUCAGCUCCUUCAACCUCAAGCUUAUAGCUCUCCUUAGCUCCUUCAACCUCAAGCUUAUAGCUCUCUUUAGCUCUUUCAACCUCCGCUUAUAUCUCUCUUUAGCUCCUUCAACUGCACCUUGUAGCUCUCCUUCCUUCCAACUUUCAGUUUUUUUGAAAAAUUUUCUUCUUCUUUUUUGGCCAUUUCUUGCUUUACGUGUGUCAUCCUUGCGUUCAGCUUCGAGUUUUCCUAAGCUCCUUCAACCUCAGCUUCGACCUCAGCAGCUUAUAGCUCUCCUUCCUUCAACCUCAGCAGCCAGCUUAUAGCUCUACUUCCUUUAACCUCACAGCUUAUAGCUUUCCUUCUCUGUUUCAACCUCAGCUUAUAGCUGUCCUUCCUACAACCUCAUCUUGUCAAUAUCAACUUCACGUUUCAACCGUCAGAAUCGUUUGUUUAUUAAAGUUAAUUAAACUUCCUUUAGUUUGCUAUUCAUUAGGGGAAAAAAUAGAAUGGAAUGGCUCAUGGAUCACUUUUUCUUCCUUCCUUUCUUUAGUAGUAACAAGUGGACCCGCUGCAGCGAAGGACGGCGAGAAAAACAUACUGUGAAACAGGGCAGCGAAGAAUGAAAUCACAUACUCAUGGGACAGGGGGAUAGCACAAAUAUGCCAGCCGAAAAGGUCUUUCCACAGGGUUCACAUUUGCUAAGGGACAUUUUGAGAUAUGUUCGAACUUACGGGGGUAUUUGGAGAAUACCCCCUCACAAUCUGACUCGCGCUUGAACGUUCCGUCU